AUGGAAACAAUAUUAUUUCUGCCAAUAUGGGAAGCAACAUCUGUUGAUGAAUGGUUAUAUAAUGGCGGUCCUUAUGAGCUAAUUGUUCUACACUUUUUACUUGGUGUAGCUUGUUACAUGGGUCGUGAGUGGGAAAUUAGUUUCCGUCUGGGUAUGCGCCCUUGGAUUGCUGUUGCAUAUUCAGCUCCUGUUGCAGCUGCUACUGCUGUUUUCUUGAUCUAUCCAAUCAGUCAAGGAAGCUUUUCUGAUGGUAUGCCUUUAGGAAUCUCUGGUACUUUCAACUUUAUGAUUGUAUUCCAAGCUGAGCAUAACAUCCUUAUGCACCCAUUUCACAUGUUAGGCGUAGCUGGAGUAUUCGGCGGCUCCCUAUUCAGUGCUAUGCAUGGUUCCUUGGUAACUUCUAGUUUGAUCGGGGAAACCACAGAAACCGAAUCCGCUAAUGAAGUUAACAAAUUCAGUCAAGAGGAAGAACGCAUCAUUGAUUUAAAAUAUUGA